AUGAUCAACAAUUUAAAUAUUGUUUCAUUUGGAGACUGUUUUGGUUCUAUUAUUGCAUGUAUGGCUUUUGCACUAUUGAUUGAAUUAAAUCGAGGUAUUGAUCUUUACCUUCGACAUUAUUCAUUAACUAGAAGUAAUGUUAAUAGACAUCAAUCAAUUACUUUGUCUGAACAAACAAUCCGAAGACGACGAUUUAUGCUUCAUAUGUUACGUACACUUGUAUAUUUGGCUCAAACUGCUUUGAGUUAUAUAUUAAUGUUAAUGGUCAUGAAUAAUUUUGCUGGGUUUUUUCUUUCUGCUAUAAUUGCUCUUGGUAUCGGUUAUUAUCUUUUAAAUGGUGUUCAUCCGUAUACACGUAGUGCUAAUGAUGUUCAUAUAUCAAAUGCAAAUAGUGAUCUUACAAACCCAACAGAUGUUUUAAACGAAGAUGAACCAUCAGUUGUAUCACGAACAGCUUGUUCACAUGAAAGAAGAACGUCGAUAAACACUUGA